UAGAGUAGCUGGCUAGCAGUUAUUAGUCAGCUCGAAAAGCCAGCCAGUAGGUUUGAAAAGGAUGUACAAUUCAACGUAUUUUACUACAAGACAGGUUUUAAUAUUCGGGUAAGAUAGCAAUAGCAAACAGGUACACCACCUUGCAGAUACAUAACUUUGCGGGUUGCUUAUGUUUUUGACCGUUAGAUAAUUUAAUUGCGUAAUUUUACUGCUUGAUUCUGAACGACAACGUCCUUAGCUAACAGGCUAACGUUAGCUGAAUGUAUUUGGUUAGCCAGUCUUGAUUUAAUCAACAAGGGAACUACAAAAGCAGCUUUUUAAAUUAUCCGUCAGUUGUAUGCGGGAAACACAAUAAGGAAAGGAGUCAUCUUAGACGAUGAGAAAAACAACUGAGCAAGGUGCUGGGUGGUGAGAGAACAGAAGGCAGCGUGGACGGCAUGCUGAGGCGACUACACCUGCCCCAGAAUGAGUGUCAAUGAUGGCGAAGGCGGAACAGCUAGCAAAGAUGGGCGGGCCUACAGCCUGCAGGUUUACCCACGGCUCUCAGCGGACUGCCCACCUUGCUGUUCCCUCAAGGUGCCCAAGGAUGCCACGGCUGCCUCUGUCAUCCAGGACGCAGCCUCGGCCCUGGGUGUGGACCCGCAACUCCUCUACGUGCUGGCCGAGGUGAAGGAGUGCGGCGGGGAGGAGUGGGUGCUGGAGUCGGGGGACCUCCCCGUCCAGAGAGUCCUGCUGUGGCCUCGCAAAGCCCAGGAGCAGCACCCCCAGAGCGAGGGCUUCUACUUUGUUCUCCAGGAGAGGAACCGCGACGGCACCAUCCACUACGUCCACCUUCCCGUCCUCUGCAAGGAGCAGGAGGCACAGAGGUUGGCGGCCAGAGGCUUCCUCCCCCCGCGCCAGGAGGACUUUGAUGACCUGUGCAACCUCCCAGUGCUCAAUGAGAGCAGCAUCCUGGAUAACCUGCGCAACCGCUUCCACAAGAAAAAGAUCUAUACCUAUGCCGGGUCUAUCCUCAUUGCCAUCAACCCCUUCAAGUUCCUACCCAUCUACAACCCCAAGUACGUCAAGAUGUACGAGAACCAUCAGCUGGGGAAACUGGAGCCGCACAUCUUUGCCAUCGCGGACGUGGCCUACUACGCCAUGCUAAGAAAGAGGGUAAACCAGUGCAUCGUUAUCUCUGGGGAGAGCGGUUCAGGAAAGACGCAGAGCACCAACUUCCUCAUCCACUGUCUGACUGCCCUCAGCCAGAAGGGCUAUGCCAGUGGAGUGGAGAGGACCAUCCUGGGUGCUGGGCCUGUGCUGGAGGCAUUUGGGAAUGCCAAGACGGCCCACAACAACAACUCCAGCCGUUUUGGGAAGUUCAUCCAGGUCAACUACUUGGAGAGUGGGGUGGUGAGAGGGGCAAUCGUGGAGAAGUAUCUCCUGGAGAAGUCUCGCCUGGUCUCCAGAGAAAAGAAUGAGAGGAACUACCAUGUGUUUUACUAUCUACUGGUGGGAGCGUCCGAGGAGGAGCGCAAGGAGUUCAAACUCCUGCAGCCUGAAGAUUACCUCUACCUCAAGCAGCAAAACUUUAAGAUCGAAGAUGAAGAAGACCUGCGUCAUGAUUUUGAGAGGCUGCAGCAGGCCAUGGAGAUGGUGGGCUUCCUGUCUGCCACUAAGAAACAGAUCUUCUCUGUGCUGUCGGCCAUCUUGUACCUGGGCAACGUGACGUACAGGCAGACGUCAACAGGCCGAGACGAGGGACUGGACGUGGGACCACCGGAAGUCCUGGCUACCCUCUCAGACCUGCUCAAGGUGGAAGAGGAGUUGCUGGUCGAGGCAUUAACUAAGAGGAAAACGGUGACAGUCAAUGACAAGCUGAUUCUGCCCUACAGCCACAGUGAGGCCAUCACUGCGAGAGACUCCAUGGCCAAGUCUCUGUACAGUGCACUGUUCAACUGGAUUGUCCUGCGCAUCAAUCAUGCACUGCUCAACAAGAAAGACAUGGAGGAAUCUGUCCCGUGUUUGUCAAUAGGGGUCCUGGACAUAUUUGGCUUUGAGGACUUUGAGACCAACAGCUUUGAGCAGUUCUGUAUCAACUAUGCUAACGAGCAGCUUCAGUAUUACUUCAACCAGCACAUCUUCAAACUUGAGCAGGAGGAGUACCAGGCGGAGGGCAUCACCUGGCACAACAUAGACUACACUGACAACGUGGGCUGCAUCCACCUCAUCAGCAAGAAGCCCACUGGUCUCCUGUACCUACUGGACGAGGAGAGCAACUUCCCCCAUGCCACUGAUAAGACCCUGCUGGCCAAGUUUAAGCAGCAGCACCAGGAGAAUAAGUACUUUGUGCCCACGCCUGUGAUGGAGCCUGCCUUUGUCAUCCACCACUUCGCUGGGAAAGUCAAAUACCAGAUCAAGGACUUCCGGGAGAAGAAUACGGACCACAUGCGUCCAGACAUUGUGGCUCUACUGCGCAGCAGUGACCGGGCCUACGUGCGUCAGCUGAUCGGGAUGGACCCUGUGGCCAUGUUCCGCUGGGGCAUCCUGCGAGCCACCAUCAGGGGGAUGGCUGCCUUCAACGAGGCUGGACGCCGCUGGGCCGCCAAGACCGCAGGUGUGCAGCGCCCCACUUCCAGGACUCCUUUGGGGGAGCUGCAGAGGUCCAACACGCCUGUAGAAAGGAUGUACCGACGGGCUUCUAUGCUCGAUUUCUACUUUGAUCACUCUGACGAGCGCCCACUAGAGGCCUUCGAAGACAUCUUUGCUAGCUAUGAGAGUAAGAAGGACAUGCAUGCCCAGAUAAUCAGCUCCAUUAAGGACUUGCAGCUGGAUGGUGAGGACCCUCGCAAGCUGCUGCAGUCCUGGGGUCGCCUGCGGUUCCCUCGACACCUCCUUCAGAAAAACAAGAACGCGAAGCAGAAACAGAUCAUACCCAAGAGCCUGCUGGACUCUCGCUCCCUGAAGUUCAUCGUCGGUCGGACCAUCCACGACCGCUCCACCAAGUCUCUGCAUCACCUCAACAAGAAGAAGAAGACCCCCAGCAUCAGUGCUCAGUUCCAGACGUCUCUGACAAAGCUGCUGGAGAAUCUGGGCAGAGCAGAGCCCUUCUUCGUCCGCUGUAUUCGCUCCAACUCUGAGAAGAAGGAGAUGUGUCUGAAUGAGACCCUGGUGCUGCAGCAGCUGCGCUACACAGGCAUGCUGGAGACUGUUCGCAUCCGAAGGUCUGGCUAUGGAGCCAAGUACACUUUCCAGGAAUUCAUCGAGCAAUUCCGAGUGCUGCUGCCCAAAAACGCCACACCCUCCAAGCCAGAGGACAUCUCAGCCUUGUUCCAGAGGAUGAAUCUAGACCACACCACCUACCAGAUAGGCAAAACCAAGGUUUACCUGAAGGAACUAGAGCGUCAGCAGCUGCAGGACAUGCUGCACAAGGACGUGAUGCGUAAGAUCAUCUUCCUGCAGCUCUGGUUCAGGGCGCGCCUGGAGAGGAGGUACUUCUUGGAGAUGAGACAGGCGGCCAUCUUGAUCCAGCGUGCAUGGCGUAGGCAACACAAGGAGAGACGGCGUCAGGCGGCCACGCUGAUUCAGGCCGUUUGGAGGGGCUCUAGACAGAGAUCACAGUACCUCCGCAGGCGGACCAGCAUCAAGAAGAUACAGGCUCUGGCCAGAGGACACUCAGCACGGAGGAGGUGCCAUUCAAUACGGGAGGACAGGAGGAAAAAGGAGGAUGAGGAAGAGGAGGCCAGGAGGGAGGAAGCUGCAGCUAGGCUAGUGAGAGAGGCAGAGGAGGCAACCCGACUGGAAAUGGAUGCAGAGGAAGAGGCGUUCAGGAGAAAGAAAGAGGCAGAGUGGGAGUCCGCAGAGAGGAGGGCGAGGGAGAAUGAAGAGGCAAGGCUGAGGCAGGCAGAAAGCGUCAAUGAGGAACCUGAGACACAGGAGGAACUAGAGGCACAGGUGGUAGCUGAAAGGACUCUAGAUGAGAGCCGGCAUUGGGACAAAGUGCCUGUCCAGGACAAGGAGGAGCAGAGGGAGGAAGUGGAAGAUGGAGAAGCUGCAGCUAGUUCACCUUCUGAGAAGGUGGAAAAGGGGAAUGCCUCUGCAGUCUCCCAGCCUGAUAAGGGCAACAGUACACAGGCUGAGGCUGGGCCCCAGCUGGAGGAGGAGAGCCAGGCUGUGGAGGAACAGGAGCAAGCCCACUCCGAGGAGCCAGAGGGGGGGACCACAGAGGCAGCUGCCCCCCACUCACCAGAGAGACACAAGGGGGCUCAGGCGGCUGCGGAGGCUACCCCCUCCGCAGACCCCCAGUCAGGGCAGAAGAAGCUACGUCCUCCCCCCCUCCACAAGGUCACAGCCUCCAGGAGCCAGGAGAAGAGGGAGCUUCGGCGCCAGCGGGGCCUGGAGCACAGCCAAAGAGAGAGUAAGCGGGUCGCCUCGGCAGCCACCAAGGAGGAGCCAUCCCCUAAGGUCAUAGAUCAGGAGACAGCCAGCCGAGCCGAGGAAAAGCCAAAAGGCCGGACGGAUAGCAAGGAGAUGGACCAGUACACCUUUGUAGCCUGGAAGAAGGACGACAAGGGGAAGAAGGAAGCCAAACCCACCACUCCUGCUCCUAUACGCCCCAGCACCUUACCCCUGAACCCCCCUGAGCCAAUGGCUAACAGGAACGGCCAUGAGGUCCUGGGUCCAGGCAACCUGACUCGUUACAGCCAACAGGACGCUAUGAAGGAGAAGGCAGAGAAAUGGAAGGAGGGAAAGAUUGAUGUACAACAACCAGAGAGUACCAGUCCUCCUGAGGCCCACAGCAAGGACAGGAUAAAAAAAUAUUCACAGAGUGUUGGAAACUCGUCAUCUUUUGAUGCUAUGUCCCCUGGAUCGGCUGGUGCUACGUCAAACAGAGAGGUCAGGUCACGUUACCGUAAACGUGCCAAACACAAACGUCGGCUAGCUCGUAGACGCUCGCCUUUUAAGAAAAGUGCAGAAGUGGACUAUUGGACCUGCUUCCCUUUGUCCCCUGUGGGCCCAAGCAGGCCCUUGCACUCAAAGUCCAUGGAUAAGUCUCCUACAGAGGAUGGGUCAAAGGGCAGCAUGAAGAGGAGGACCCAUGACACAUCAGGCCACCAGGACACUGUCCAUACUCAUCCUUCCACCCCAGAGAAACCCUCAGGGUUCCUGAGGAAGAUCCUGAAGAAACGUCCCCAUAAGGAGCCUCAGACCCCUGACGAUGUAGAACUGACCAUGGCCCAGGCCCUGAUCGAACGAGAAGACCCGGCUAGUGGAGGUCGGGCAGUGAGCCGGAACCCCACCAUCAAGAUCAGCCGGGCCACACGGGUCUCAGAGCAGUGGAACGCCUCACUGGACCGGGAGAUUACCAACGCCAACGAGCUCCGACAUCUGGAUGAGUUCCUGGGGAAUCAGGUGAAUGACUUCCGCUCCAGGGGGAAGCAGUUGUCGGCAACCGAGCACAUCUUCGUCACAGCCACCAUGCAGUUCAGAGAGACCAUCAAGGGAAUGUACUCUCUCCCAAAACCCCACAUUGGCUACAACGGUCUGAUGCGUGGCUACCAGAACAAGGUGAUCAGCCUGGCCGGAGACAAGCAGAAGGGUGAGGUGCAGCUGGUGGUCAACCUCUUUCAGUCUGUCCUGGAUGGCUUCAUACGGGGAGAGAUCAAGAAGGAGGAGGCAGAACCAGCUAAGCCUGAUAAAACUCGGAAGAAGAGGCGCAAAAAAUACAAGAGUAUGGAGAACCCUUUGGACCAUGUGUUCAGCACGUACCAGGUUAACAUCAUGCAGUCCUGUGACCAGUGCAGCUCCUAUAUCUGGGGCAUGGAGAAAGCCUGCAUGUGUAGCUAUUGCAAGAUGGUGUGCCACAAGAAGUGCCUCUGCAAAAUUGUCACAGACUGCUCCACGUUUUGUGUCAAAAAGAGUGAUGAGGAGUCUGGAGGCCUGCACUUUGGGGUGCGAGUCUGUCACCUGACCAGCGACAAAAACACUGUUCCCAUGGUGCUGGAGAUAAUGCUGGAGCACGUGGAGAUGAACGGCCUGUACACGGAGGGGAUCUACCGCAAGUCUGGCUCUGCCAACCGCAUGAAGGAGCUCCACCAGCUAAUGGAGACUGACCCCCACGCUGUGUGCCUGGAGGACUACCCCAUCCACACAGUGACGGGGCUGGUCAAACAGUGGCUGAGGGAACUGCCUGACCCCCUCAUGACCUUCAUUCAUUACAAUGACUUCCUUCGGGCCGUAGAACAUCCUGAAAAGCAAGAACAGCUACAUGCCAUCUACAAAGUGUUGGAAGAACUCCCCACCGCAUGCUUCAACACCUUGGAAAGGCUCGUCUUCCAUCUAGUCAGAGUGUCUAAGGAGGAGUCUCACAACCGCAUGUCUCCCAACUCCCUGGCCAUCGUGUUUGCCCCCUGCAUCCUCCGCUGUCCCGACAGCGCCGACCCGCUCAUGAGCAUGAGGGACGUGGCCAAGACCACCACGUGUGUGGAGAUGCUGAUCAACGAGCAGAUCCGAAGCUACAACGAGAAGAUGGAAGAGAUUGAACAGCUGGAGUAUGCCGAGGCUCUGGCAGUCAACCAGCUCAAACUCAAGAGGCAGAACACGCUGCACUGGCAUUUGCCCCUCAGGUUUUCUGCUCCGUACAAAGGAGUGGUGGUGCAUGAGAAAGAGUGCUCUGACCCGACUGUGGUCCCUGGGAACGAUGUUCCGCUGGACUCCGAUACGGAGGCUGAGAAGAACCUGAUGGCGCGCAUCAAGUCCAUCAAACAGGAGAAGGAGGAACUAGCCUACAGACUGCCAGAGCUGGAGCAGCCUGGUUCAGACCAGGAGAACCUGGAUUCUGAGGCGUCGGUGAGCUCUGAGAGCCUGCUGGACGAGCGCUGCCACAACUCUGAGCCCGAAGGUCAGUAUUAAAGGCCAAGCUGACCUUGCCCAGAGACCUAAGGCCCCAGGGGGCAUUCCUCUCUCUGCAACCUAGUCUCCUCUGGCUCCACCUCCCGGCCACAACGCCAUCACCCCAUCAUCCUCGGCACGGUAAAGCUGCCGCCGGGCAUCCGCUCGCAACCCCCCACUGCGGCCCUCAAACCCUCCUGCCAGCCGUGGCUUCAGCCUGAUCAAGAGGCGGAAACAGCCCGCCCGACGCAAAGACGGCACCUAGUCCCUGUACAUCAGUCCAGACAAAGGCCUGUUCCCCUCUCCCACCUCCUCCAUCUCCUCCCUCUCUAGCUCCACACCACAAAGUCUCCAGGCCACCAGCAAGGCCCUCAGACGCUUCUCGGACCCCGACAUCCCCUAUAGUGACCCAGCUUGACACAGACAGGAGGCAGAAUAGAACUCGAUAAGGAACUGGAUAUCUAUGGUGGGCCCCCCUCGGUCUUGAGGAUACAGUAUGGAGUCUGUUAUUGUCGCUGUUGCCAUGGACACGGAUCAUGGAUGUGUGUUUAUAUACUUGUGACUUAUGCCUGGUAAUAACAGGAUGUGUCACCAAGCACUUUUUCUACACUUAAUAUAUUGUUGUAGUUUUUUAAGAGACAAAUUAAAUCAAGUUUGCGCGGCCACAUGGAUUCUAUGGACAAAUGUUUUCUUUUUUAAAUACUUAGUUUUCAUGAGGAAAAACUGCAGGCAAUUGCACAUUUCCAUUCCACGGUCUCCUUAUGAGAAGACUCAAACAGUUUGCUCAGUGUAAAGUCAAUAGUGCCUUGAUUUGCACAUUGUCAGUGUACAAAUUCGUUGGUAAUUUCUACUUUUAAUAUUCGAUGAGGGUGAGAGGGGUAUGUAUCUUUGUAUGAUACUCUUGUGCUGAUUCAAAGAAAUUGUACCAACUCGAGACAUGCUCGAACGAGGACCAAAACACUUGUGAUCCAGUUAUGGGGCCUUGAACAGCCUUCUCGUGGGAAAUGGAUUGACGCCACGUUCUUCCCUCUCCCACCAUUUCCUCCCUGUAUAGGAACUGCUUUCACUUGUCAAAGGGGAAAUGGGAGCAGCACUCUAGCCACUUUCCUCCUGGAUGAAAACCCGCUAAACCCUGGUCAAGGUCUGCAUGCCAUGUCUUAUAAAUGGACCUUUUUUUUUUUAGAUUCUACUUUCUGUAAUGUUUCUGCAGCUACAUACAUAUGGCUUCAGUCAACUGUACUGUACCUGCCACUAUGUCAAUCGGAGGGUCAGGAUCACUAUCGACUACAGAGGACCCCCUCUUCAAAAGUUGUUUGACAUGUAAUACUAAUGUGUGAUUCCUCACGGAACCAGACCCCCAAAAACAUGCUUUUGGUUUUCACAAAAUGUAAUCUAUGGAAUAGUCCUUUGGAGGAAGGAUUGUCAUAUAUUUGACAUUUUGUAUCUAAACGCAUAAUUUGAGAAAUAAUUCAUCAAAGUUGGCAUAUGUAUGUCAUUCUGGACCUCACCUAGGCCUCCUUUUAAAGCUCCAUGAUGUUUCAUCUGUAGAUGCGAAAGUAAAGAUUGGUGUCAUAUGAAGCUCUACCUCUUGCUCUGUAAUAUGAGUAGUAUUUUAAUUUCAAUAAGACAUGUUUUACAUUAAUUGAUGAAUAUUGAAAAUAUAGAUUUGACUGAUUUGGCCUAUUUAUCAAUAUAUUGUUGAACAUACUUUAGUCUACGUGCAUAUCAAAGUUCAAGAGUGGGAUCUCUGUUAGUUUAAGUUAUGGCCCAUUUUUAUCCAGAGAAAUUGACAUAGUAGUAGGCAUUGUAGCCAAUCACAACCCUCCUUUUACUUGUAUCAUUGCACAUCCUGAAAAUCACCAGCAGGAAUCCAUUUUCACUUUCACUCUGUUGGUAAUGCUUAAAUUGGAUCAUAACGCUAAAAGUAACAGACACCCCAGUCUGGAACUUUGAUAUGCCCGCAGAGUAUAUUAUGUUCAACAAUAUAUGUAUCGAUAGCAAUGAUUCUCAUCUAUCAUUGCUUUAAUAAUCACUGCUCUAUUGGACAUAACACCUGAAACAUCUCAUUUUUAAAAAGUCUUGUUCGUAUGUUUUUUUUAGACCUUUGAGCUAUUGCUCUGGGUAGGAAACAGUCCAUGUGUUAGCACAGGACGAUAGCCUAGCUCCUUCUGCAUCGCUCGAGCUAUUGCUUGAGCUAAUAGACUCUUGAGGGACCUGUAUUACGAGUCUAAUGCAUUAUCAAAUGCCUCCUAGCAUGUAGAGGAGAACCAACACAAUCGACCAAGCCAUUGUUGACGUGUUCAAAAUGUGAACCUGAACUGAUCAUUUUGGGUACCUGUCUGGGGUUAUUAGUAGGACCCCAGAGCAAAGCGUUAAAGCUUCAUAUGACACUAAUUGUUGCUUUGCAGCAUCUACAGAUUCAACAUUAUGGAGUGUUAAAGGAAUAAAGACAAAAUGUCAGAAAUAUCCCGGUAAUACUUCUUCCAAUGGAUUACAUUUUGUGGGGGGGGGGGGGUGAUGUCUGGGUUUUGUGAGGAAUCACUGUCCUUCUGACUGCUGUUUGAUGUUGUAUGUCUGUGCCUGCAUACUGAGAAUGCCAAUUUGGAAUGUCUGGGAUUGAAUGGUGUGAAUUGAAUGAUGUGAGCUGUAAUGAAUAUUAACAGGACAAUACAGUACAUGCUUGUAUCCCAUGCUGUGGUCUUUUAAUUUUGGGGAUUUACCAUUGAUUCACCACUAGGCGGAGACAAAAUAAGAGACCAGUGUAGUGAAUCUGGAUGUUCAUUAUUGAGAGGUCAACCCAUGUAGUGAGGCAGCUAAUGAUGUAAGCAUCCAAUACAAGUGACUCAAAGUGUAUGUAAGGAAUCCUACUUGUGAUUAUUCUCUCUAAACUAAAAGCAGAAUCUUGUGUCACAAGACAGUGGCACAUUUUGUUUUUGUCUGUCCUUACAGUAUGAGGAAGUUAUCAAAGUGAACUAAGAUGACAACAGGGACUGUUAAUCAUUUACUCCCAACGAUAAAGGCUUGCACUCCCUUUUCCCCGUAUUGCGCUGUAUAUAGUUUCCACAACACUGCCCACAGCAAACUUUGAUACUAGCGUACGUGAGAUUUCGUAACUUUUAUAAAACCAUGACCAGCAAGAGUGCUGUUUUUGUAAAUAAGUUUUUAUUCAACACUAUUACAAAACAAUGCACUUCUCCCUACUUUCACUCGCACUGCAGCUGCAAUGAAUGAAUAGCCAAGUGUAUCGAUAGCCCUGCAUUUUAUUAUUUAUUAGCAUCUUGUUUGUUUUAAUAUCAUGGAAUAUUUCAAUCUCUGGUCAUAGGAACAAUAUUUGUGCAUGAGGCAGAUGUGGAAGCGGUGCGACUUCAGUUAAGAGGUGUCCCCUCUGGAGGAAAGAGAGGCGGACUCUCUGCUGCUCUCUCCCUCCACUGAGACUAAUGCAGUGUUCAAAACUGAGAUUAAGACUUCAGUGCGUUCUAGACAACUGACAAAAAAUGAGAUCUGACUGGGAAAAAUUAGUUUUGAACGAUCAUCCACUUUGGAAUUCAAAGUUCGUAACUCGGGCAUCUUUCUAGAGCUCCAACUUUCUGACCUGAAGAUCACUGACGUCAUUUGACACAGUUUCUUUUGGAGUUCACUUUUGUCUUGAAAGCACCAUGACCAUCAGAUGCAGUUACUAUUUAAAUUUAUGCUCAGCUGUGCCUCAAGUGCUACACCAACUGAUCUAUUUUAUCAAAGCUUGUUUUGAAAUAUACGGUCUGAGAAGAACAAUAUUGGUAUGCCAGGCAUAUAGCCAAUGGUGUGAAUGUAUUAGGCUACUGCACAAACUGUUUUUAUUGUUACAUUUAAGUCAUGUUUAAAAAGAAUGUAGAUCCUG